AUGCCUGACGUCAAGAAGAUACAUGCUCUUCAGGACAUUGCCUCCACAGUGUCAUGCCUCGGAAUCAACAUGCCACAGAUAGUGGCUGUAGGGUCGCAGAGCAGUGGGAAGAGCAGUGUGCUUGAGCAAAUAAUAAGAAGAGAGAUUCUUCCUCGUGGCACAAACUUGGUAACAAGAUGUCCUGUUGUCCUGCAUCUUAGAAGAUGCAAAGACAAGCCUGAGUGUGUGGUGUUUGACCAUCUUGCAAACCCUGUCUAUGACUUCGCGGAGGCAAGGUCUAUAAUUACACAAAGGAUGGUGGAGAUAUGUGGAGACAACAAGGGAAUUAGCAACAGCCCAAUAACUGCAUUUGUAAAUCUGAAGGACACGUUGGAGAUGACUGUGGUUGAUCUUCCAGGACUCAUAAAAGUUCCCAUAGGCGAGCAGCCCGAGGACAUCGAGAUCCAAGUAGAAAGCAUGGCUCUUAGCUAUGCAGCAAGAGAGUCGUCAAUAAUUCUGGCUCUCAUAAAUGCUAAUGCAGACAUAGCAACGAAUGAGGCAUUGAAGAUUGCAAGGAAGGUAGAUCCCCAGCUAAAAAGAACUUUGGGUGUGAUUACAAAAAUCGAUUUAAUGGAUGGCGGAACCGACUGCUUGAAUAUUCUUCAGAACACAAACCCAAGGCUAGCCCUUGGAUACAUAGGUGUAAUUAACAGGGGGCAGCAGGACAUUGCUAAAGGGGUCUCCGUGCACGAGGCCGUUCUCAGGGAAUCCGUGUACUUCAGGGAAAGCCCCUUUUAUAGCAGGUUGUAUCCUAGCAUAGGGUCCGACUAUCUUGUGAGGAGAUUAAAUGAAGUAUUCUGUAAGAUGGCAGUGGAAUCUAUUCCAGGAAUCAAGGCAGCAAUAAGAAAUCAGCUGAAUGACAAGGCAAAAAGGCUUCAUGAGUUGGGGCUUGGAAACACCACGAAAGGUGAGCGGUCUCUUGUAUUGGACUAUCAUCAGGUAGUUCUUGGGAUAUUCAGGAAUAUCAAACCCAGCAGCGGGGUAUUUUCGAAGGAUAGCACAAGCUUUUUGGGUACCCUCAGGGAAACAUUUGAGAAAGAUAGGCCUCUUCCUAGUUUCGAGGACCUCACACACAGGCUUAAGAAGUCAUCGUAUAUAUUUAUAUCGGAAGAUGUUUUCUAUGACGUGGUAAGAGAAAACAUAAGGAAAAUGGCAGAGACAUACCUGGAGAAGGCCAGAGCUGCAGUAAAGCUGCUUACUAAAGAAGUUUGGGGUAUAUCAAGCACGAGGUUCGAAGCUCUAUCAAAAAAACUCAACAGUGUGACCUGCGAAUGCAUAGAAGAGCAGAAGAACAAGCUUCUGGACAGUAUACACCUAUACUCGUCUAUACAGUCGUCGUAUAUCAACGUAAACCACCCGGAUUUUGACAAGUCAAGGGCCUUGGCUCUAAUUCUACGAAAGAUGCCGAGGGCCGAUCCUGGCAUUCUAGGCGCAAUCUUCAACACUAAGGAGAUGCCCUUUGAAGACAAAGUUCUCGAGGCACAGGUCAUAAAGGAGUUGGCAGAGUCCUAUCUUGGAAUUGUAAACAAAGAAAUGAAAAACUAUGUCUUCAAAGCAAUUCAUUAUUACCUAUGUGAAUACAUAGACUCCAAACUUCUCGGCAUCCUCACAGAAUUGGAAAUCGAGGACUCAGCACUGUCCGAAUGCCCAGAGAUUGUUCACGAAAGAAACAUCCUUUUCAAAGACGUGGAGGCAUUGAAGAGCGCGCUUUCUGCCAUAGGUAAUCUCUGA